AAGAACACAUUUAUAUUCAAACUUAUUUGAAUGUAUAUAUUUUCGGUUGUUCAAAAGAAAAUCCAGAGAAUUGAAUAUGUAAUGUUUUUAAACAUUUCUCUUGUAUUUACUUUAAAAAUUUGUAUUUCAAAUGGCAGAUAAGGAACUUUUAGACGAAUUGAAAGUACUCCGACAAAUGCAACUUGAAUUGCAACAACUUUAUACUUUGUUACGAUUAAUGAGAGUUGAUUUAGAAAAAAUUAUAAACAACUUCACUUCGUUAAAUGAUAAAUAAUUUUUAUAUUUUAUAUUUUCAAUAUUACUCAUAAUUUAGUUAUUUAUAACAUUAAUACGUUUGUUAUUAAUAUUUCGGAAAAAUAUAUAAAUAAUAUUUCUUUUAAGUAAUAUAUAAAAAUAUUUUGAAUAUAUAUAUAUGAUCUCUAUUUUAAUAAAUUUGCAAAAUGGAAAAAGAUGAGCCAAUGGAAGUAUUAUCUUUAAAUUCUUCAUCAUCUUUGCGAAGAAAAUCUUUUCAAGUAAAUAAUGAAUUAUCCCUUAAUUUGCCAGAAAAUAAUGAUGAGGCUGAGAAAUUGGCUAGACGUCUUGAAAUAAAUGCUUCUAUAACAUCAACAGAAAAUAUAAACACAAGUAAUAAACGAAAAUCUUUGGGACUUGGUUUUUUAGCUCAAAUGUCAUCAGUUCAAGUAAAAAAUCAUAUAAGUGAAUGUAUAAAACUUAGCACUGAAAAUAAAAUUAAUAUAAAAAAUGCAUUUAGCCUUGAAAUGAUUAACUUUAUGUCUUAUAUGAUAAAAAAAGAAGAUGACAAUAUGUCUAAUCUACAAACAGCCAGUACAUCUUUAGAUGUAAGCACAAAAAUCUAUGGGUUUCGUGUAGAUGGUAUUCAUACAGAAAUCAUGAAGAUGGUAGGUGCAUCAGAUAAACAAGAUAAUCCAAUUGAUAAUAUAAAUGAAUAUUUAAGUAAUGAGCAAGAAAAUCAAAUAAAUAAUUUCCAAAAACAGAAAAAAAGAACAAAAAAAAAAAACAGACAGAUUUUUAGUACAGCAGAUAGUUUAAAAGGAACUGUAGAAAUUAUGAAACCUUCAUUGUGGAUGAUGGAAGAUAAAGAUUUACAAACUACAGAUGGAUUAUAUCAAGUAAUAUUGUCAAAUCAUGCAAAUUCAAAAUAUUAUUUACAUUUAUACAAUGAUGUUAUUGUGGAUAUUGUACAACAUAAAACAAGUAAUGAAAACACAAAAAUAACUAUUUCAAAGAUAGAAGAUUUUUCUAAGUCUGAAAUAUGUCCACCUCUGACUAAUUUUAAAUUUCAGAAUGAUUUUUAUAAUAAUGAUAAAGAAGAAGAAGAAAAAGAAAAUGAAAAUGAAAAUACAAAUGAAAUUAAUGAAAAUCAUUUUCAAUUUAAUUUAAAUGCUACUGUACAAUCUGAUGAUGAAAUAAUUGAUAAUAAUAUAAAUUAUUUAGAUAUUCAAGAUGGAAUAGAAAAUACAAACAUAUGUAUUGAGAUACAAAAACCAGUGGAAAAAAUUGUAGACUUAUGUAAAGUUUUAUCUAAUAUUGGUAUAAAUAAAACAUCUGAAUACUCUUUUCUUCAGAAAAGUUCUAAUUUACAUUGGGCUGGUCCUUCUCAUUGGAGAAUGAGUAAUUUCAUAAAAUAUUCUAAAGAAGGAAAAAUUAUAGCAGCCUGUGCACAAGAGCCAGUUAAAAAAAGAAAAGAAAUAGAGAUAUGCUAUGAUGAUAAUAUUAAAAAAGCAAUAAUAUCAAAAUUUGCAAUAAGUAAAGCUAUAAAAUUUGAUAGUAAUAAAUUAGAUUGGUCAGAAGGAAGAUUGACAUUGCCACGAGAUAUGCAUUAUAAUAUUGCAAAUGCAGUUAAAUUAUAUCUACAUAAAUUAAUACAUAUAAAUAUUAGAAAUAAGGAUGAUUUAAAUGUAACUCAUAUAUCUGACAUAGAGAAUUAUAAUUAUGAUAAUGAAAAUGAUAUGUCAAAUUAUUGUCCUUAUGUCUUUAAAAAUGAUUAUGAGAUAAAUGAAGACAAUAAUAAAAAUGAACAUAAUCAUGAAAUUGAAAAUGAUGAAGUUGAAACACAAAUGGCUUUUGCUGGAAAUAAUUUAGUAGCUGCUCCUAAAUUAACAAAUAAAAUAUCUAUUGCAUAUAGUAUAUAUGCCAAAAGAAUAGAUAUGAGACAAUUAAAAAAAUCUAUUUGGAAAAGCCUAACUGUAAAUAAUAAUAAAGAAAAUAAAAAAAAUCAAGAAGAAGAUAAAAUUAAAGGAAAUAAAUCUUUUAGUGAAAUUUAUAAAGCAUUACCUAAUAUAUUAACAAAAACUAAUAUAGAAGCUUUAAGUUUUCCUAUUUCUUUUGUAUCCUUGUUACAUUUAGCAAAUGAAAAGACAUUAAAAAUACAAUCUCUCCCAGAUAUGUCUGACCUUCUUAUAGAAACAAAUUAAUUUUACACAUGUAAAUAAGUCUCUUUUAUAUAUUCAAAAAU